CUGCAGUGUAACAUUGAUGCCAAAGCUGGAGUAAGGAACACGUACAAAGCUGUGUACAUUCAACUAUUGUAUAUUGUGUAGGCCUAUCUCUGUUCAUUAUAGGUAAAAGACUACUUUUCGAGAAAAGCAUAUGAGGGGAAAGCGGAAAACUUAUGCAACGCUGUCUCAACCAGCCAGACAAGCCACAACUAGCUAGCUGUUUAGUUCGGUCGCUACCUGGCGAGCAGUCAGCUUUUUAGUGGUAACAUUAGCUUGCUAUUUGAUUGUUGUUUGAGAAGGGGAUGUAGCCUUUCGCGGACUGCAUUGUUCCUAGACGUUUUAGAGGGAAAUCUACAUUGAGCCAUCAUAGUUAUAGGCAUCGAAGUUAUCAAAUGCCAUAUCAAGCUUUUUUUCUCCGAUGCUGAGCUACAAAAUCAAUAGGCUGAUGGAUAACCGCUGUAUCAACAGUCAGCCUACCUAGGUGGCUGAGUGACAAGCUAACUGAAUGGCAAUUUCGUUGGGUAACAGUUCAUUAACACUUUUAGUUCACGUUCGAUAGCAAGCUAGCCAACUUGCAAAAAUAAACGACUCAACAUGAGGUCGAAUGAUGUUAGUUGGACAAAUGAACAACUAAUGAUUGGAAGGUUGCGUUCGAAACACGACAGACCUAGGAUGGUAAUGUUUAUUAUUUUUGGCAAAUUAAACGAUUAGGUUAUUGUAGGUAUAAUUGUUAGACUGCUAAGUAAACUAACGUUAGCUAUGUCGGUUGUGGCAGCCAGUGAUUUUCUGACGGAUGAAGAGUUGGAAGAUUUGGGUGAAGAUGGAGUUUCAGUUGUCACCUAUAUGUCAGACACUGAGAAGCAACCUAGAAAAAAGAAACCGUCAAGUAAACCACCUCCAUCACCUAGAUCACCUUAUUUGUCCAGCGCAAACCUGCACCCGAAGAAGGCAGCGGUGUGGCGUUCUCUGAAGAGCACUGGGAUGAUGCACAAUGAAAACCCUACAGCACGUGCACCCAGGGAGUUUUGGCUGGCAUCCCUCAAAAGUGGACUUGCCCUGUCCCAGCCUAUGAAAGCGGACUAUGACAUCACGUCAGCUAGGAUGUCGACUUCCACAAGCACGCCCGAGUACCUGAAGGAGGCCUUUGGCAUGAAGAAACCCAAGCAUUCUCGUACCUCCAGCAAUGGUUACAUUCCAGGAACUCCAGACUUUAAAGAGAAAGAAGACAUGUAUGAUGAGAUACUUGAUCUGAAGAAGUGUCUGCAGGCACAGAAAUCAGAGAGCGAUUUGAUGAAGACCAAACUGCGCAAACUGGAGGAGGAUAACAGUAAAAAAGAGAAACAAAUAGAACAGCUGCUUAACCCCACCAAGGGCUCUGAGUACACAAGGGCAUUUGUUGAUAAAAGGAACGAUGGGAGUGCAGUUACGAAUGGUCUCAAACAGAAGAUUCUGAAGCUGGAACAGCAGUGCAAAGAAAAGGACAGCGCAUUAGUCAAACUGCAGAGUGAUUUGAAGACCACCAAUAUGGAGGAAAUGAAGAUUGCACUGGAGACGUACUUUGAGGAAAUUCAGAGGCUAAAGGUGUUACUUGCCAGUGCAGAGACUGCAGAGAGAAGCAACCGAGCUGAGAGAAAGGAGUCCCUGAAACAGCACAAAGCCCUCAACUCAAGCAUCCUGAGACUGUCGAAAAACACCAAACAGCUGCACGAGGAGAAUAAAUCUCUCAGGGAAGAACUUGAGAGAGCAACAGAAACCCCCGCAAGCACUGCCAGAGGUUACAGUGAAUGGAGCAAACAAAGGCUGGUGAGACGCAUUACUGAGCUUGAAAAGAAACCGGAUGAUUCCGGACGCCCGCAGUCCGCCAAGGAGCCGGAUCCGGCCAGCGGUCCCAGGGCCAGUCAUGUGAGCACAGUGGCGCCGAGCGCAGACGCCGCUGUGCAGGGAGUCACGGCGACCCCCUCAGGGAACGACACGCAGGAGUGUGCCCGUCUGCGCGGCCUCCUGAAGAAGAUCCGGGAGGAAAGGGCGGGGCUGCAGGCGUCGCUGGCUGACAGGAAUGCUGAGAUAAAGCUGCUCUCCACUGAGCAAGCCGCAGCUGCUGAAGAAGUAAAGAGACUGAAGACUUUUGAACUGGAAGCAUCUCGCCACAAAGAGGAUAUUGAGAAACUGACAGUAAGAGUCAAAAGUUUGGAAAAGGAACUGGAGGAGGAGAGACGUCUCAAGGCAGAGCUAGAGCACAACUAUCAGAGUCUAAAGGUAGCCUCCUCUGGUGAUGCUGCACGGCAGUUUCAGCACGGUCUGGGGCAGACUCCGGAAAGUUCUGCCCCCAGCCCUCUGUCAGCACAGUGUGGCCAUCGAGUACAGAGCGAGACUGAGGACCGGGCAGCCAGGACCAUUCAGAGACACUGGCAUCAGCACAGAAGCAGGAAUGGAGCUGAAUAUUCAGAGGAGGACUUGGUUAUAAUUCAGUCAGCAAUAAGGGGACAUUUGACGAGGCGAAAGCAAUUAACAUACUUUAAAGACCUCGGUCGGAACAGACUUCAGAAGGGCCAGCAGAGGGAGUCUACAGAGAGCAGCACUGUUCAGGGAGAUCAGGACGACGACGUAGUGACGCUCCUGCAAGCUGCUCUCAGAGGGCAUUUGACACGCUGUCGCUUCAUUACCAAUAGUGUUUCUUCUGGGCCUGAGUCACAGAUCACUGCUCCCACGAUAAAGAGCUCUGUUCCUACACCAGCUCCAAGAAAGCUUCUCUCAGCCAUCCAGAGCUACCAGUCAGACAGCCCAGGUGUUAGCAAUGCUACAGGGAGCGAUGAGGAUGAGAUUGAGGAGGACAUCCCAGAUGUGACUGAAAUGGACACCGAUGGGAACUGCAACAGCUUGGACUCCAACCUGCGCAGUUCUUCCAGACAGAAGGCAGCUCCAGCGCGAUUAGAUCUGCAUCAGCCCACAGACAGUGAAGCAGCCAAAGCAGGUGACUCUGAUGACUCUGAUGACAUCAUCGUGUCUCCGUCGAGGCCUGUGAGGAGAAAGGACUUGUUCUUCUAACGUUAGUUAGGUUUCAUUGUGCUCUUAAUUCAGUGUAGGGUUCCGCCAAAAUGAAUAAAUCAUAUUCAUGCUUGUCUUGAAAAUUCAUUUUUGUUAAAGGGGCAGUUCACCCAAAAAUGAAAUGAAAGUAUGUUUCCACUUACCCAAAGUACUACCAAUGCAUCUGGUUUUGCUGACACAUUUUCUUGAUUUGACUACUUUUUUUAGACUCUUCGCUGUAAUAUAAUGGACCUCUACGGACCUUUUUGUUUCUGGUAAUGAGUCCAUCUAAAAGAUACAUUUAAAAAACUCAACAGCAAUGUUAUUUCCAAAUAUGAUGCCACAGUUACUCGCAAAUAUCAACAGAGCUGAAAAAUGAACAAAAACUAUUUCUUCUACUGUGGGAACUGGCCUGUGUCUGCACAAGCAGAAGUCAUUCUGCCGAAGCACAGCAGUAUUCCCGGGGACAGUGUGUUCUUCAUUGCCAAACAUUGUGAGCUAAAGUAGUUCCUAUGUUGUUGCGGCACAAUUUCACUAACUAAAAUACACAGCUGGCUAACACUUACACAUUCAUGUUUGGAUAUGCAAGCCAAGCGCAGCAAACAGCUGGCUAAACACUGAUCUAAACAAUUCACACUUCUCCCCAGAACACUGCUGUGCAUCCGCACAUUAAAUUUAAGUAAAUGUCCGGCGGAUUCAUUAUCGGAAACAAAGCGGUCCGUAGAGGUCCAUUUUAUCUAAACUGUGUCUCUAGAAAAUGUGUCACAUCUCAGUGAAACCAUGUGGAUACAUACUUUGAAUUAUUUUUGUGUGAACUGCCCCUUUAACCAAAAUCCAACUGAGGUGUAUGACUGUUUUAGUUCUUACUUUGACAUUAAUUGCACAAGUACUUUCAGAAUGAACAGUGGAAAUGGUGGUCCUAAAUUAUGCAGUAGCAUCAGUCAUGUAUUUACAGACUCCUUACAAAGUUGUGAUUACAAGCAUGGACUUCAUUUGCUACAGUGUGUGAUCGUGAAUAAUCCAUUCUAUAUUUUGCCUUUGUUUGCAUUUAAUUUGUUUAAAUCGCUUAUAUAUUUGUCAAGGUUCAACAGGAAGUGCCUUCUAUCACAGGAAACUUAUGAUUUAAUGGUGAUAAAAAAAAUAUCAUGACCAAACAGAACAGGGUUAUUUAAUGUAUUAAAGGUAUGCUGUGAUGCACCUCCACACUGUGACACGCACCCCGUUAUCACACCUUCCAUUUCAGUGUCUGAAAGCAGUUUUUUUUUAUUCAAAUCUACUUAAUCUAAAAACCAGAGGCUGGAGACCUGUUCUGCAGUGUAGUGAAGUAAGACAGAGACACUGCAAUAUUUGGAUCAGACUGUGACUGUACCCUGAAAAUGUACUGAAUACUGCAGUAAUGCACAAUGACCCGAGAACAUUUCGUAAUAAUUCUCAAAAAUACUCAAUGAUACAUUGUUAAUCAAUCAGUGAAAAAUAUGAUUCUUGCUUUUAAGCGAAUCUUCUCUGUGUGGAAUGCUAUUUUUCGAAGCAGUGCCUUCUGUACUAAAAAACUGUUUAAUUUUUUAUAAUCUAUUUAUAAAAUUUUGCUUUUUGUAAUUAAACAUACGUUGAAUGGA